AUGUUUCAUUGGUUGAAUAAAGAGGGAAAGAAAAAUGAAGUGUUUGAAAAUGUACUUGAGGGACUUAAAAAAGUAUACAGACAGAAAUUAUUACCUUUGGAACUUCAGUACAAUUUUCAUGAUUUUCAUUCUCCACAAUUGGAUGACUCUGAUUUUGAUGCCAAGCCAAUGAUACUUUUAGUUGGACAAUACUCAACAGGGAAGACAACAUUUAUUAAAUAUCUUCUAGAGCGAGAUUUUCCUGGGAUUAGAAUUGGACCAGAGCCCACGACAGAUCGUUUUAUAGCUGUUAUGUAUGACACAAAAGAGGGAGUAAUUCCCGGUAAUGCUUUGGUAGUGGAUCCUAAAAAACAAUUUCGACCAUUGGCAAAAUUUGGAAAUGCUUUUUUGAAUAGAUUUCAAUGUUCAACAUUACCAUCUCCUGUGCUUAUGGGAAUGUCCAUUGUUGACACACCUGGGAUUUUAUCCGGUGAAAAGCAAAGAGUGGAUAGAGGUUAUGAUUUUACAGGUGUUUUAGAAUGGUUCGCAGAAAGGGUUGACAGAAUUUUAUUAUUAUUCGAUGCGCACAAACUAGACAUUUCCGAUGAGUUUCGUAGAUCGAUUGAAGCGUUAAGAGGUCACGAUGAUAAAAUCAGAAUUGUAUUAAAUAAAGCAGAUAUGGUGGAUCAUCAACAAUUGAUGAGAGUUUAUGGUGCUCUUAUGUGGUCUUUAGGAAAAGUUUUACAAACUCCAGAAGUGGCUAGGGUUUAUAUCGGCUCAUUUUGGGACAAGCCGCUUACAUAUACGGCAAAUCAAAUUUUAUUCGAAGAUGAGAAACAAGACUUAUUUAGAGAUAUACAAUCUUUACCUAGGAAUGCAGCACUCAGGAAGUUAAAUGACUUAAUUAAAAGAGCUAGGCUUGCUAAGGUACACGCUUACAUAAUAAGUUCUUUGAGAAAAGAAAUGCCUUCGGUUUUUGGUAAAGACGUCAAGAAAAAAGAAUUGAUAAAAAAUUUAGAAACGACGUAUGAGAAUUUACAAAGGGAGUAUAAAAUAUCUCCGGGUGAUUUUCCAGACGUCAAAAGAAUGCAACAAAUUCUCGUCCAUUGCGAUUUUACAAAAUUCAACAUAUUGAAACCGAGAUUGCUGGAAGUCGUGGAUAAAAUGCUCGUCGAAGACAUAUCGAAACUCAUGGAAAUGUUACCGCUCGAAGAAACGGCUCCCACGGCUCCGGAACCUCUCAUAAAAGGUGGAGCAUUCGAAGGAGUCGAAGAUACGGUGAGUCCUUUCGGUUAUAAAAGAGGGGAAGGAAUCGAUGCGGGACACGGUGAACCCGAAUGGGUCGUGACCAAGGAAAAGAACAAAUUCGAUGCCAUUUUCGAAACUUUGAAUCCCGUCGAUGGUAAAAUAACGGGAGCAUCCGCAAAAUCCGAAAUGAUGAAAUCCAAACUUCCCAAUUCGAUAUUGGGUAAAAUAUGGAAAUUAUCAGACAUCGACAAGGAUGGUUUCUUGGACGACGAAGAAUUCGCUUUGGCGAUGCAUUUGAUCAACGUGAAAUUGGAGGGUCACGAAAUCCCAUCCGAAUUACCCGAUCAUUUGUUACCCCCUUCGAAGAGACAAUAG